AGCAUUUUGUGUAUUAAGAUUCAUAUUUGUGUAUAAAAGAAAGUAUCAAAAUGGCUAAAAAGACAAAGAAAAGUAGUUCCAAAGCAAAGAAUGUUAAUAAAAACGUUAACAAAAAAAAUAUUUCACAAGAAACACAAUUAGAGGAUGAUUACGAAAAUAAACGUAAACCUCCUAAGGUCAAAGAUCGAAAUUUGAAAUUCAAAAGCAAAAGUAAAAGUAAAAACAAUAACUUAGCCAAAAAAAUUAAGCAAAUACAUAAAAAUGAAGAAAACCGUACUUCGGUUAAUAUUGUAAAGUCUGACACUGUAAAACUGAUAAAUACAAAAAAGAAAGGUCAAAGAAAAACGGUUGAAUUUCAAGUUGAAAAUGAAAGGAAACAGCAGCUUGGUAAACAAAAACAAAAUCAAAACCAAAAUAAAACUUCUAAUCAAUCAAAUAAUAAAGCUAUCAAGAAUGAAAUAUCUGUCAAAAAAAAAAAAUCUAAAAUUGAAAAAUUGAAAAUAAAACAAAAGCAAAAGGUGGACAAUGAAACACAAAAACCAAGUUCAGUGUCAAAAAAGAAACAAAAACAGACUAAACCUGAAAAACCAAAUUCAAUACCAGAAAAAAAUCAAAAGAGGGACAAAGCUCUAAGUCAUCAUAAUUUAGAUGUUAAACGAUUAGAGGACUUGCUUGUUGCUAAAAGAAGAGAAAAAAAGCUUGAAAAAAAAAAUGAAAAACCACCAACAUUAAGAGAAAGAAUGAUGGUUAAACUAAAAGCUUCUAGAUUUAGAUAUUUAAAUGAAACCCUUUAUAAUAAUGACAGCUCAGAAUCUAAAAAGUAUUUCAAGGAUGAUCCUGAAGCUUUUAAAGCAUAUCAUGAGGGAUAUAAACAGCAAAUUGAUCAAUGGCCACUAAAUCCUCUGGACAAUAUAAUAUCUUCAAUUAAAAAAAUGCCAAAGGAACACAUAAUUGCUGACUUUGGAUGUGGGGAAGCCAGACUUGCUGCUUCAGUUUCCCAUAAAGUACACUCCUUUGAUUUUGUUUCUUUAAAUGAAAAUGUAACUGUCUGUGAUAUGGCACAUACUCCAUUGUUAACAAAUGGUGUACAUGUUGUUGUAUUUUGUCUGUCUCUUAUGGGAACUAAUCUUAGUGACUACAUUAUAGAAGCAAAUAGGGUUCUAAAAAAGGAUGGUAUUUUGAAGAUAGCUGAAGUCGAAAGUCGAUUCGAUCGAGUAGAAGAUUUUAUAAAAGCAGUAACUAGCUAUGGUUUUAAAAGCACCUGGCAAGACUUGUCUCAUAAUUUGUUUUACUUUUUAGAUUUUAAGAAAGAAACUGAUAUAGGUGGCAAAAGAAAUAAGUUACCACCUAUUACUUUAAAACCUUGUUUGUAUAAAAAACGGUAG